CGCUACGUUGCACUUCACUAUAUUAACUAGACGUUUUUGACUUUUCCUUGCCAGAGAAAGAAAAAUCUUAUAUUUGACGGAAGUUAUACAUUUAUUAUAUUUUAGUUUGUUGCAUUUUCUAGCGAUUUUACAAACACACUCAAUUAAGGAACAGAAAAAUUAAAUUGUGAAAGUUACUACGUCGACAUACGCGAUUGAAUUGUAAUCAAUUUGCAGCGAUUAGGUUUUGAAUUCAGAAGAAAAAGUAAUAUGUGCAUAUUGAAGAAUGCCGAUUCAGGCGCCUUCAUGGACAGAUUUCCUCUUCUGUCCCAUUUGUUGUAAUGAAUUCGCUGUCAACCAACGUCUACCAAUAAGUCUGGGAUGUGGUCAUACCAUAUGUCGGCAAUGUCUGGCCACCUUACACAAUCGACAAUGUCCAUUCGAUCAAACUUCCAUCACAACCGAUGUCGACAAUCUCCCCAUAAAUAACGCUCUACUUCAAUUGGUUAGCACUAAUACCAGCGCCAAUAGUACUAACCACAAUCCUUCAAAUGUUAACGACAACAGUAACAAUAAUGGCGCUGUUGGUGAAGGCGCCUCAGGCACGGACGCGGAUGCUAAUGCAUCCGCCAGACGUACUCCACCGAGUGUGCGUCAAUUGAAUCCGGAGGAUCUUAAAUGUUAUAAUCUUGCGAACAAAUGUAUAGAGAGUCUUGCACUGUAUCUAAAAUCUCUUGUUACUAACAAUGGAAAUUUCGGAAGUCCACUGUCACGACCGAUGCAACGUAAACUUGUCUCAUUAGUCAAUACUCAGUUGAUGGAACGUGAAGGACGUGAACGUGUACUGCGAGCAGCCCGUUCAUUGGGUGAACGCACUGUUACAGAACUCAUUCUGCAACAUCAAAAUCCAUUACAAUUGAGCUCAAAUCUAUGGGCAGCCGUACGCUCGCGGGGUUGCCAAUUUUUAGGUCCUGCAAUGCAGGAGGAAGUCUUAAAAUUAGUUUUACAAGCACUUGAAGAUAGUACGGCAUAUUCUCGGAAACGGCUGGUAAUGUAUGUAGUGCAGAGAUUAGAACCUCGAUUUCCCCAAGCGUCGAAAACUAGCAUUGGUCAUGUUGUACAGCUUUUAUAUCGUGCCAGUUGCUUCAAAGUAUCCAAACGCGAAGGAGAUUCAUCGCUUAUGCAAUUGAAGGAAGAAUUUCGUACAUACGAUGCACUUCGCCGUGAACACGACGCUCAAAUCGUGCAAAUAGCAACAGAAGCUGGUUUACGCAUCGCACCAGAUCAGUGGUCUUCCUUGUUGUACGGCGAUACAGUUCACAAGUCCCAUAUGCAAAGCAUUAUUGAUAAACUGCAAACCCCGUCAUCUUUUGCGCAAUCUGUACAAGAAUUAGUUAUAGCAUUGCAACGCACCGGUGAUCCAGCUAAUUUAUCCGGCUUGCGAACACAUCUUAAGCAUUUAGCUGGUAUUGAUCCCUCUUUGGAGAGUCCACCGGCUUCAUGGCAAGAUGUAGCUAAAGCUUUGGAGUCCGUACAUGAAGUGGUAGUGGGAUUGGUGGAAUUCGUACAACAUCAUGGCAAUCGCAAACUGCAGGAAUGCACAACGGGUCAAACAAGCACCAACACUAAAUAUAAAAUCAGCUUGUGCCGUGAUUUGACUGUGCGUCGAAACUGUCCACGCGGAUCCAGUUGUACUUUCGCGCACUCUGAAGAGGAAUUGGAAAAAUAUCGUGCUAAGAAUCGUAAAAAUAAUACUAAAAUAGGUAGUGGGGUUUCUCACGCCGGCGUAGGCCCUAUUGCUAGUGGAAAUAUUAAUCAUGGAAACAAUGGAAAUAAUGAUUUUCCAUCACAUGCACAUACACACAGUCACGGCCACACUCAUCACAAUUCCCAUCCGAUGGUGAUGCUACAUCCCGGAAGUGAUAAUUCCGCUCCAGCCUCCACGGCCACGUCGCCAUUAAGAUUUGACGGUACACAAACUUUACAUAACAAAUUACCUCGUAGCAGUUACGGCGAUGCGACAGCGUCAUUACAAGUGCACGGUCAAUCCGGUGCACAUCAUCAUAUGCGUUCCUUGCAUCAUAGUCCAAUUCCACCUAAUGGUGGACAACCAAUACCUGUGCCUCCUAAUAUACAUCGCUACGAUCCAUCCUUUGCCACAACAUUAAAUUAUCCUAUUACGAACACUGGUCUACCCCCACGUAUGCCACAGGGUUUGUCAAACAUAAACAGCUCACCAAUGGCAAUGCGGAAUCCUGGUAGUGGUGUACUGCCUACAAGAAAUUUCCCAACUUCAUUGCAACCUCCGUUAUCACAUCCAGCCUUAUCAUCGAAUGUACCCACCAGCAACCCACCGAAAUUUCACAACAAUAACAACGUGACCGCUUCACUUGGCAGCCCUUUAUCUAGUAAAGGUCUAUACAAUGCAUUAACGCCAGAAUUCUAUAAUACACCAUUAUUGAGUGCAAAUACACGUUCGUCCUCUCUAUUUAGCAAUAACCAAAAUAGUAGCGGACCAGCCGGUAAUGGUGGAGGUGUGAAUGGAAAGAACAAUGCUGAUUUGAAAAGCAAUAUUGGGUCAUCGGAAAAAUUGAGAUUAGCACAAAUGAGUGGCAUGUGGGAUCAACAACAACAGCAACGGCCAAUGGGCAGCACAUCGACAGCGGCUGAUAUAUUAAGUGGAGUUGCUGGUAUAGGUGGGUUAGCAACGCAUCAAUCCACAACACUUUAUCCAUCCAACGAAACUGCAUCUAUAUUUGGCAAGAAAGUUAAUAAUGUCAACAUGAAUCUUAACAAGACACUCAAUGGUUUGACAAUUGGCGAUCAGUUUAUGUUCAAAAAUGAUUAUGGCGUUGGUUCCGUACUCCCGCCCAUAAACAGCAUGUCCAACAAUAAGGACAAUUUAAUUUGUGGAGACUUGCCGAAACGACAAUCGUUUUGGAAUGCGCACAACAGCCAUAACAAUAUGAUUGGUAGUGGUAAUUUCGCAGAUAGUGCUACGGAACGUAAUUCAAUUGCUCAUAAUAUGAGUAUAAAUGCCUCACCUGGGCCAUUUCGUGAUCGUGAUAGUUUUGUGCGUUCUGAUUCCAUAUUGGAUGACGAUGCCGCCACUUUUGAAGUGCCUGCCACAUCAGCAAGCAUGGGCAGUAAGUUUGGCCCAAUCUGUCCAAUGUACAAAGGGCAUAGUACUGCGCCAACCGAAGUUUCCCACACCAAUACAUAUCUAGAUAGCUGGAAUAGUGGCGAUAUUAGAAAUCAAUCGGUGAAUAAGGAACAUCCGUUACUGGAUCGAAACGCCUCUAACGAUAUCAACUACUCAGUAUUUUCAAAUGAUACUGAGAACAGUCUCGCAUCACAAUUUCGCCAACAACAACAGCAACAACAACACCACCAACGUCAACAGCAAUCACAUAGACCAUCAUCAUUUGAUAGUUUCAAUAGUAUGCAAAACACGCUUCUUUCUGAUUUAUCAUUCAAUCAUAGCAGUAUGAGCAGAGAACGUGAUAGAGGUUCUGGUGUCGUAGUAAAUGAUAGUGUUAAUUUUGAAUUAGGUUUUAAUGCGUUCCAGAAUAUGUUAUCCGCUGCAGAUGGCAAUGCAAAUAUGGACAUGAAUAAGGGUUCCUCAAUGUGGGGCGGUGGUAGCAUGGAAUCUGCUGAGGCACACUUCUGGCAUGAUUCACUAUCCUCUGGGGCUGCAAAAUCCCAUGAAUUGCAAAAUCAACGCCAGCAUCCACAGCAACAAUUAUUAAUUAGCAAUAAUAAAGGAUUGAACACUGAGGAGAAUAGCAUUGAUAGUAGUCGAAUGAGAGAUAUUGAGCAGGAACUUUCUGAAAUCGUUGACAAAAGCUGGUCAAAUGCCGAUGACAGUGGUAUUAAGUUGUAGUACUAGAAGAAAGCUAUAACAGGUAAGAAGCACAAAAUUAUGAAUGCAGCGUAUUAAUCGAUGCCAGCGAGACAGCAGUAGUGCCAGAAGCAAACGGAGGCUCUUAAAAAGGGAAUGUACGAAUGUGAUCAAAAAUUGUUUAACAGAAAUUACACGCAAUACUAUUACAAUAUUACAACACUAACUGAAUUGGAGAUUAAUAAUCAAUCAUCGAUAGAAUUAUAUGCUAAACUCUCAUCAUCCUUUUCAACGAUAGUCUAUAGUAGAAAUAGUAAAUUUUAGAUACGUAUAUAUUUGUGAAAUAACUCUCCUAAUUGAGAGUAUACUUAUAUGUAUAGUGAAAGAAAAAGAAAAUAGUAUACAAGUUGAGAGGAAAAGACAACCAACCCACUGCUGAUGUCACGACGUUGUAAGUGUAUUUCUUUUAUUUAGUAAAUUUCUUGCAUUGGAAACUUUCUGUGUUCUGUAUAGUUUAGAAAAGUAGUUAGAAAAUGGCUCUGAUGAAAAUGGCAAUGAAAUCAUAAUUACAUAUAAUACAUAUGUAUAUAGAUUUGAGCCGAUCGACUUGUGUAUAGCAUGUAGAAAAACGAGUGUAUAAGGGGUAAUGCACAGAAACGACUAAUUAUUUAUAAUUGUAAAUGUAAAAUUUUUUGGUAUUAGAUAUUCUUAAAAACGAUUUUGAAAAUGAAUAGUGAUAUGUUAUUUACUAACAUUUCCGAUGACGUGAUCAAUAUAAAACUAUAUUUUAUAGACGUUUAAUGAGAACAAACUCAAACUCAAAAAAAUAAUGUAAUAUUUUUGUAUGAAUGCAAUCACUAAUCGCAUGAUGUCGCUUUUAUGCAGCCACACCUACUCUUCUACUCGCACAUAAAAACACUCUUACAUACACACAUACACACACACAC